UAUCCACACAGUUGAAUAAGCCUGACGCUUCUCGACUCUCAUUGGCUCAGACGGUCUCCAACUGCCCCUUUUUUCCAAAGCGAGCCUUUCAUUGGCUUAUAGAGCCGCCGGUCCUUUAAGGGGGAGUGCUUUGUGUGUUCGUGAGUUUUAUGAGGCAAGAGGACAGAGUUUUGAUUCCUUUCACUCACAGAAACAGAAGCAUAUCUUCUUCUCCUCUUCCCGAGACUCCAGCAAUGGCUCCUAAGAAAAGCACGAAUAAAAGCCACGGAAAAGCCAAAGAUGGCGUUAAACCCCCGUCAGCUAAUAGGAAUGGGAAGAAGGCAAGUUCCGGCAGCAGCAGCAACAGCAGCAGCUUCUUCAACUGGUUUAUCGUCCUGGCCCUGCUGGGAGUCUGGACAUCUGUGGCCGUAGUCUACUUCGACCUGGUCGACUAUCAGGGAGUCAUUGACAAAGCUAAGGGCAUUCAAAUUAAUCUGUCUGAGGCCUUGCAAGGUAAACUUGUGGCCUACGACACAGACGGCGAUGGUGAUUUUGACGUCGAGGACGCUAAAAUUCUGCUAGGACUGAAAGAGAGAGCCGCUGACGUCAUCACCCGUAGUGAAGAAGCUUCCGCCCCAGGGGAGACUCCUGAACCCACACCAGAGGAUAUUGUGGAGCCUGACCCUGAGCCUGUGGAUGAUGUGAUUGAAGCUGCUGUGGCAGAGGAAUUUACUGCUCCAGCACCAGAGCCUGAAGUGGCUGAACCUGAAGAAGAAGAACCUGAACCUGAACCUGAGGUGUUUGAGGAGGAUCCAGAGGUGCUGGAGGAGGAGCCUCCUGUUGUAGAAGAGGAUGUCCCAGAGGAGGAGGCUCCAGAGGAUGAGGCUGCUCCAGUUGAGGAGGAGGAGGAGGAGGAGGAGGAGGCGGCAGCAUCUCAAGAGGAGGUGCCUGUUGAGGAGGUAACGGAAGAACCCGCUGUGGAAGAGGAGGCUGCUCCUUCAGAGGAAGCUAUUGAGGUAGAAGCUGUUCCUACAGAGGAAGCUGUUGAGGAGGAGGCUGCUCCUGAAGAAGAAGCUGUAGAAGAGGCUGAAGAAGCUGAGGAGGAGGAAGCUGCUCCUGAAGAAGCUGUGGAGGUGGAGGCUGCUUCUGAAGAAGAAGCUGUAGAAGAGGAAGCUUUGGAGGUGGAGGCUGCUCCUGAAGAAGAAGCUGUGGAGGAGGAGGAAACCGUUCCUGAAGAAGAAGCUGUGGAGGAGGAGGAUACCGUUCCUGAAGAAGAAGCUGUGGAGGAGGAGGAAACUGUUCCCGAAGAAGAAGCUGUGAAGGAGGAGGAAAUUGUUCCUGAAGAAGCUGUGGAGGAAAUUGUUCCUGAAGAAGCUGUGGAGGAGGAGGAAACCGUUCCUGAAGAAGAAGCUGUGGAGGAGGAGGAAAUCGUUCCUGAAGAAGCUGUGGAGGAGGAAACCGUUCCUGAAGAAGCUGUGGAGGAGGAAAUCAUACCUGAAGAAGCUGUGGAGGUGAAGGCUACACCUGAAGAAGAAGAAGAAGAAGCUGUGGAGGAGCAGGCUGCACCUGAAGAAGAAGCUGUGGAGGAGGAGACUGCUUUAGAAGAAGAAAAAGAAGGAGCUGUGGACGAGGAGGCUGCUCCUGAAGAAGAAGCUGUGGAGGAGGAGACUGCUUUAGAAGAAGAAGAAGCUGUGGAGGAGGAGGCUGCACCAGAAGAAGAAGAAGAAGAAGAAGAAGCUGUGGAGGAGGAGGCUGCUCCAGAAGAAGAAGAAGCUGUAGAGGAGGAGGCUGCUCCAGAAGAAGAAGAAGCUGUGGAGGAGGAGGCUGCUCCAGAAGAAGAAGAAGCUGUGGAGGAGGAGGAGGCUGCUCCAGAAGAAGAAGAAGAAGCUGUGGAGGAACCUGUAGAGGAAGCAGAACAGCCAGAGGCUGCUCCAGAACCAGUGCAGGAUCAAACAGUCCCAGUCACAGACACAGAAGAAGUAGAACAAGAGGUAGAAGAGACAGUGGAAGAAGCAGCAGAAUUUGUUGAGUCACAGGAACCAAGUCAGGAUGAGCCCACAGAAACGUAGAGGCUGCUGCAGUCGUCGUGGUGACGGAGAAGGAGCCCACUGACGUUGCAUCAGCACCACCUGAGUGCACUCAGGACAAUGAUGCGUUUUUCCACCUCCAGAGAAAUUAUUGAGUCGUCAUGACAACCCCCCCCCCCACGACUUCCCACCUCUGUUUUCACAUCUGUACUUUUUUCAAAUUUUCUUUUCUUUUUUUUUUUUUUUUUUUUUUAAAUAAAGUGUCACAGGCCUCGUUCAGUCCUGGCUCUAACAUCCAUCACUGAGGUCUGACCACAAGCGGACAACAUUAAGUACCAACGUUCACACUAAGUUGUGUCCUGGGAACAUCUGCUGUGAUAGAUGUUCUUGGUCUGGCCACACGCCACCUCAUAAUGUCUUUGUGUUUUUGUCAGUCGACCUGUGAUGUGAUGACUCGGGAUUAUGUGGACACCAGAUCUGAACGAGGUCUUCGUUUGAGUAAAUGAAAAUGUUCAUACACCUUUUUUCUUCUUUUUUUUUUUUUAAAGACCACUUUUUCUUUUCUUCUCCAGUAGAGCACCCAAGGUUGUUAAGUUGUGUGUGUGUGUGUGUGUGUGUUAUGGUUAGAUGUCCAGGCCACAGGAAGUAGGGCUGUCACUUUUAUUUCUGAUAUUUUUUAGAACUUCAGGGUAGAAAGUUGAAACUUGAACCUUUUAAAACCUGUUUUUGUUCACAAUAUACAGCCUAGAAAACCCAUCACUCCAUCUGAAGUAAUUACGGCGUGGUCCAGCAGAGGGCAGAGUGAGUGCAGUAAGUUUGAAUUCAUCAGAGAAGCGGUGGAAAUGUUGUGUGUGGAAAUACUUUGUUGGGAACAAAUCUGCCCACUCACCUGUUAGCUUAGCUGUUAGCUCCACUGAGGUUAAGUGUCGGAAGCGGCUUAGGGAUGAGUCGUGAUCAACCUCGCGUGACUUAUGGUGCGUUCCAUUUACAUCGGAACUGGGACUGGCCCCGACUCGGAGGUGAUUUUGGUUUUUUUUGGACUCAACUGGAGCGUGGACAUACUGUAUCUCAGGCCUAGCUAUUGUUAGCUCUAAGCGGUACUUUAGUUCACUUGCUCUGACUUUUCAAGGUUGGAAAUCCAAUCUGAGGGGGCGCGUCCCAGUUCAAAUUUCGACUAGGAACUCUGAAAUUUAGGGUUAGGUACCAAAACAUGUCCUGUAAUAUUCUUUAACAUAGACUCCUAAAAGUGACGGCCCUAACCAGGGUCUUAUAUCAGUGUUAGCUGCGACAGUGAAGUCACGUGUUCCUGUGCGUUGAGGAGAGCCAGAGCUAAAUUUCGGUCGCCGAGUUAAAUACGAGCCGUGACUCACUCACAAACUUUGUCUCCUCUCUGUUCUGUUGGAAAUAUCCCGCGCCACCCUGUGGCCACUGAUCACUACACACCCUGACGCUGUGGUGUUUUUGUUUACGUAAACUGGGACUUGGAACUGGGAAAAAAAUGGACGCAAAUGUAUCUCGGGGCUAGCCAUUGUUAGCGAUACCAGUGGAUAUCGACGGUCUACGGGAUAUUUUUACGUACUCGGAACAUGUUUACGUUUGAAAAUGAAACCGUGCUACUACGUGUUUGACUGAUAAAGUUGCGGUGUUUGUAUGGUUCUUAGGCUUCAGUCUAAACAAAGCCUUGGAGACGUCCCCAUGUGGGGUUUGUUGAGGUUUCUCCUGAUCUCGGAAAUACCGAGUUCCUUCUGUAAAUGGAACGCACCAUUGGGGUUAGGAUUAAGUGGGUGUGGUUAGUGGUGGGAGUGUUUUGAGUGGCCACAGGCUGCACCUGGACACUACCUGGACUUAGACUGUUGUAGAUUCUAUGCAAAGCUGCUUGUCUCCUCCCUCUUCCUCAUCCCCCCUCUUCAUCACCCAGUCAGUUUAUUUACCACUCAGUAAGUGUCGACUCCAGGAUGAGCCAUGAGCAUCUUAAACUUGGUGUGUUGACAAAUCAUUUCUGUGAAAAGUUGAAUAUCAGGAUGUUGAACUGUUUUUUUCCUCUUUGUUUUUUUGUUAGUGUGUGUGUGUGUGUGUGUGUUAUUUUAAUGUUUCAUAUUUCAGACAUAACACCAGGAGCAUCCAACCAGAUGAUCAAAUAAGUUAAAAGUGAAGAAGUCGGGACAGUGUAGUGUUGUCAGUGCACACUGUGGUGUCAGGAUUCUUUGUUUUUAAAUUCACCAGCAGCACAUGGAGACAGACAUCAGACAGGAUAGAUGAAGCUUUUUUACCCUUCAUGUUUUAAUGGAACCUUCAGUGUGAAAUGUGUGUUCUGCUCCCACUGGUUCACUGUGGAAACCCACUCGCGUGGUUUUAUGUCGUUAAAUGUCUGUAUGAGUAUUUUAAAUGGUUGACGUUUGGUAGAAAAACGUGUGACGAAUGAUUCCAACUAGUGCGGCAACUAUUGAUUAUUUUAUAAUGGGUUUGAGUGUUGUUGAAGUUUUGAAGUUUUCAGCUUCUUAAGUGUGAAUAUUUUCUGGUUUCUUUGUGUCAUAGAAUAACCGACAUAUUAUUCAACAAAACUUUGGUUUGGUAAACGCUGAUUAACAUUUUUUGACAUUUAACGGACCAAACAAGCACUCAAUUUAUCGAGUUAUGAAAAUAUCAUACGAUGCAUCCCUGAUCGAUGAAUUCAAUUCAUAAAAUGUUCAUCUGUGUUUGGCAAACCUCAAAAUGAUUGUUUUCAUUAUUUUCAUUGUCACGUGGAGUAAAAGAAAGAAUGAAAUUCAUAUUUAAGAAGCUGAAUAUAAUAACAAAAACAAAACACUAUAAACUCCUAUCAAUUAUAAAGAUUAAUUUAGUAAUUGAUUAAUGGUUGCAGCAGAACAUGUGGACCAAGUGAAUAUUUUGGUAAAUAUAGGAAUGCAAGUCUGUAAAGAAACUGACAGUUGUAGGAAUAAUCACAACACUUCUUUUUUGUGUGUGUGUGAUAGUUUGGUCGUCACACGUCACGUGUGUUAACACUAGCUGGUCUUUUCUACUCCCUAACACUUUAUAAAGUCAAUGUGAAACGUUUUGUAACCUUAAAAAGAUUGCGCUUUUAGAUUUUUUUAAAAAAGGAAACAUUUUUAAUAAGAACGUUAGGGAAAAAUAUGACGUAAUUGUUUUUGUGAUUAACAAAGCCAUAAGAGAGGAAACGUGACAGCAGUGGUGUUUUUUCUUUACUAAUCUGAGAUCAGGAGUCAUGUUCACACAGACACUCUGCAGAGCCGACAUGAGCUCAAAGAUGCCGAGGAGGAGAAUUGUUGUGUUGUCCGUCGAGUUAAAGGUGUGCAGAUGUGACGCUGUCCUGCACGUGAUGUUCAUGCUGAUUAAAUUAUUGUGACUUUCUGAUGACGGUUGUUUGUAAAGCAAAAAAGAAAAAGGAAGCUUCGGAAGUGUCACAUCUUUCUGUAAAUGAUCUGUUUGGGGAGCUGAAAUAAAAAGGUUUAAGAAACAA